AUCCAUUUGCAUCUUCUCAUUACCAUAGCGAUACCGAAAUGCACCAACUUCUUACAAGCGAUCUCCCCAACAUGCAACGACGAUGAAUAAUGACCCGAGUGUCACAUACUUUUGUUAAUUCGUGGCGCAUUGGGUAUUACUCGGAAAAUGUCUGAUCCAUUCAUCGACACGACUUCCACAUCAGCAUUCGAUUUACUUCACGAUUCAAGUCUAACAUACUUCAUUCCCCUUGCCACAGACUUCCGCGUCGAAGAAGUAUUCAAAGAUGACAUAGAGAAAGCCAAAGAGCCGUUCAGCUCAGUUGAGCGACGGGAAUCUCUUUACUUUGAUGAAUCCGUUGAUAUUUAUCUCGUUCUCAAAUGCUCCUACGUCGAACAAGAUAUCUUGCGAUCGUCCCUACGAAGUCUAGUAAUCUCAGUUGAGGCGCAGAUUGUGAAUGCGACAGCGCCAGACCGCGAUGGCCAACCACCUUCAGAAACCAUUUCCGCUGGAACUGUGGACCAUAAUGAGGACCCUACUAUAUUAUUUGGAUUCUUAGGAGACCAUGACAACGAGGGCGAGGAGGAGCGGCGGCAGUAUACCGUCGCAGUGUGGAAACAUUCAGUGUUCCUUAGUCGGCCUAGAAUGCGACUACAGAGUCCUUCGGUUGUUUUCACAGCGACUGCGGGCUUGAAACCAGCAGUCCCAUCUCUACUUGAUCGGCCUCGCGAUGCAUACCUGCCCAGCGGUGUAGCCUCUGGCCUCAAUCUCCUGGGGUCCUUCGGAAAUGAUCCUGCUCUGAAUGGCGUCAAACCUCGCCUCUCGGCCCUCCGGGUAUCUCGCGUUGCGCCUGUCACACAUCAAGAUGAAGACGUACUCCGACCUAUAAAGUCCUUAUCUAAACUCUCCCUACGCAUCUACCCUGCGGCGCACUCGCGCAUGCGCUUUACUCAUCUUAAUACGACCCCUUCUACCGCGACUGUCCUCGCGAUGCUAGAAGUUGAUUUUACGCCCUUCUUUGAGUGCGAGAUCAUUCUUGAUAAGAUAUCAAUAUCAGUGGCGGAUGGCCUAGUAGAGGACCUGACGAGUCAGGCCGGAAUACCACUUCCGGUAUCCUGCGUGGCUCAUGAUCAUGUUACGUUCUUAUAUCGCCUUUCACCAGCCGACGCAGAGGUGGUAUCAAAGAACCCCAUACGAGAUCUCAAGAUCGCCAUCUCCGCGGUGGCCCUACUGCGUCCAGACACUUGCGAGCCUCGCUUGAACAUGGCGUGGACUGCUACAGUUGACUUUACUAUACCCGUAAACCCGGGGUAUGGCUCUACUAUGCAACCUAUCCAACGAAUGCACCGUCCGAGUCAACUUUCGAUAGGGGGCGAGAGUACAAUCUCUUUGACGGCGCCCUCUGUUGCGCGACCAGACUCGUUGCCCUCCCUAGAAGCCGCGACACGGACGGAGACUGCUGUGCCUGAUAUGGGUAUUACUAUGACAUUCACUUCUCCAUCUCCGGAUCAGCAGAUAUUCCCAGGCGACGAAUUUGUCUGGAACGUGUUUGUUGUUAACCGGUCGCCGGCGCCGUCGGCGGUACCGAGGAAGUUAGCAAUACUAGUAGUCCCGAAGCGAAGACGAAACGAAUCGCGGGUCAACCGCCCACCCUCAGUUUCUCGGCUACCGGAACUCUCGCAUGGCCAAUUCCAACAGGCGAAGACGCCGAAAGACCGGAAUGUGGCAGACGCGGUCCUCGACGAGAAUGUUGUCCAUGCCAUGCAACAUAGCAGCAUCAUUGACAGCGCGGAGGUGGUGUGCCUGAGCGCGGAUGUCCGAGUCGGCCCACUCGCGCCUGGAGCUUGUCACGUUGCCGAGCUCAGGUUUUUGGCAUUGAAGGAGGGCAUUGUGGGUGUCGAAGCUGUGCGAGUUAUUGACCUCGCAAAUAAUGAGCAUGUAGAUAUAAGGGAUUUGCCAACUGUUGUUGUUAGGAGCAAGCAGGAGAACUGAUGAGUAUAGUUAGUAGUCCACCGUCUUUCCGAAAUGGCUUUUAAGAUACACCACAAGUACUUGGUCUUAUCAAUGCAACAUGACUAUUCAACUUUUAA